AUGCAUAAUAAUAGCGACGUCGAGGACAAAGGCGACGACGACGAACACUCUGGUUCAGAUAACAACGAAGCCUCUGAUAAGGAUAAUGGUCUCUUUAUCGAUCUCGACGAAGGUGAUGAAGGUGAUGAAGAUGAUGAAAUCUUCUGCAAGGAUGAAGAUGUUAUUUCUGAAUCAGGCGAGAGUGAUUGUUCGUGUUCUGAACUCGACCGGGACUCUCCCGAGCCUUUGGAACAAACCGGUGGAACAUGCACAACGGAUGAUUGCCAUGGCGAUGAGUGUGAAGGGGUCUUUCACGACAGAGAAUCCCUUGUGAAACACGCCAAACGUUGCAGCAUUUGUCCCGUACAGACAAUCCGGCUUCUGGCUCACGCAGACGUCAGAAUAGAGGAGGACAUUCUAUCCUACAAUUUAAGAAAGCUUGCUCUUAGAUCAAAUUAUAACGGAGUUGUGAAAUAUCGAGAAGGGACAAUUUCCCUUACCAAUACCGUCCUCCAACGCAGAAUGAGCCUAUUGAGCGGUUCUUUUUACCAAGCGUUCAUGCAGCUGCCCAUGGUCUGUGAGAAGUGCGGUGCAUUAAUGACCCUGAUCAAGACGAUGUUCAAGGCAGGAAGAUGGAUCAAGCCUGGGAGCGACCACAGUGGGACGUGCGAUUCUCCUGAUUGCCAAGAGCCAGUUGGCUUGGGUACUCAAUUGUGCAAUGCACACGCAUUGAAACAAAUCUACCAACCUGCUCUCUGCACAACCCUACAAAAUGCCGUACAAGAGACCCUGAGCAAGAAAUCCGUCGCCGCUAUACGGAUGCCCCAAGAGGCCCUGGAAUUCUUCACCGACCCGAAAAGAGGCUACGAGGAGAUUACAAGCGAGGAGACCAACUUUCUUCGCGAUCUUAAGGAUAAGAAAGACAGAGAAGUCGUCUCCGAAGGGUUUGUCAACCACGGCUGUGAAACAGUGGAAGAUAUCUGGGCAUUUGCUGCCAACCACUACGGCAGGAAGCUGAAAUGGUCUGAAGAGAGGACCAUACGAAAAGCAUUUGGAUACCCAUCUUCCAAGAAACUACGUGGCCAUAACAUGACCUGGGUUAAAGAUGAAUGGCUUGAGUUGAAGGCACACGCUCCCCAUAUGAGGGUGGCCGAAUGGUCAAAAAAUCCCUUCAAUCAGAAUUUAUAUCGCGAGAAUUUGACCAAAGCUGGGUUUAAUCCGGAUGAGGUUCUCCCACCUCCGUUUAAAUUGGGAGAGCCCGAUGGGAUGGUUUGA